AGUGUGUUGUUUUCAAUUCUUGAAUCAUUGUUUUAUUGUCAACAUGGAGGUUGAGAAGACGUUAUUAGCAGAGAAACCCAUAUUUAUUGAACCAAGCAUUAUUGAUAAUGAUGAUUGGGUAGUUUCAUCCAAAUCAGAAACGAGUAACGUUGAUUUGUGCAACCAUUUUGAAAGCUUUAAGAUGCUUGUAAAGAUGGAACUACCAUGUAAUAAUAAUGAAUCUGUUGAGGAAAAGCUUCGUUGGCUUAGAUCUCAGAUGAUAGGUAACGCUGCUGAGUUCUAUUCUCCAUUUGGAAGAAGAGAACUUGUAUAUGCUGAUCACACUGCUUCAGGUCGCAGCCUUCAAUACAAUGAAGAUUUCAUCAUCAAACAUGUUCUUCCUUUUUAUGGCAAUACUCACACGUGUGACAGUUAUGUGGGAAGUAGAAGCACAAGAAUUUUGCAUGAAGCAAGCGAGUACAUUAAGGAAUGCUUAGGAGGUGGUGAAGAAAAUGCAAUCAUAUUCUGUGGUUCGGGGACAACCGCAGCCAUCAAGAGGCUCCAAGAAGUAAUGGGCAUCGCGGUGCCCUCAAUUCUGAGAGAAAGGGUGGUAAAGAGCCUCAGCAAAGAAGAAAGAUGGGUUGUGUUUGUGGGACCCUACGAGCACCAUUCCAACCUGCUUUCAUGGCGGCAAAGCUUGGCCGAAGUAGUUGAGAUUGGCCUCGAUGAUGAAGGCUUGCUAGACAUGGAUGCCCUUAAGCUACAACUUGAGGCCUACAAAAAUACCAACAGACCAUUGUUGGGAUCUUUCUCUGCUUGUAGCAAUGUCACCGGGAUAAACUCCGACACACCAGCCAUUGCUCGCCUUCUUCAUCAAUACAACGCCUUUGCAUGCUUUGAUUUUGCAGCAAGUGGGCCAUAUGUGGAGAUUUGCAUGAGGAGAGAGGAGAGGGAUGAUUGGUAUGAUGCGGUGUUCUUGAGUCCGCACAAGUUUGUUGGUGGUCCUGACACGCCGGGGAUUCUCCUCAUGAACAAGGCACUGUACCGGUUGAAUUCUUCGCCACCCUCCAUUUGUGGAGGUGGCACUGUGAAUUAUGUCAACGGCUUCGACGAGAAGGAUACGUUAUACUUGGAGAACAUAGAAGAAAGGGAAAAUGGGGGCACCCCUCCAAUAAUCCAAACAGUAAGAGCAGCCUUAGCAUUUUGGGUGAAAGAAUAUAUUGGCUACAAAGAGAUUGAAAGAAGGGAACAAAUAUACAUUAACAGGGCACUUAAGAGGCUCAUCUCAAACCCUAACAUUAAGGUUUUGGGAAACAAAAGCACCAAAAGACAAGCUAUUUUGUCCUUUGUGAUUUAUUCUACCACCAAUUCCUCAUCAACAUGUUGGGGCAACGAUCAAAACCAAGAAAAUAGUAAUGAAGAGGAACUUAAUUUGUGGGAAGAGAUGGGGAACAAAAGGGGUAAAUUACUUCAUGGACCUUUUGUUGCAACAUUGCUCAAUGACCUAUUUGGCAUUCAAGCUCGUGGUGGGUGCGCUUGUGCUGGACCUUAUGGCCACCAUUUGCUCAAUAUCAGCAAACCUCAAUCUCUUGAUGUUAGGUCAGCCAUUCAACAG